AUGGGUGCUUGGGAGCUGUCGGUGUAUGUGGCAGCGUUUUUGCUGGCUUUGUCCUGUUCUCCGGUACUAGGGUCACUGCGAAAUGUUACCGCUGAUGUAUUCGGAUCCGAGUCUUACGGGAAAGUUGCGGCGUUUGGGGAUUUUAAUGCAGACAAACAGACUGACAUGUUCAUCAUCAGAUCUGGAAAUGAACUGUGGAUUUUUUUAGCUGACCUAAAGGGGACGCCAUACUUUAAUCCAAAAGUAAAGCUGUCACUAAAGAGUGAAAAUGUAAUAAUAACAAGUGUGGUUCCUGGAGAUUAUGAUGGUGAUUCGCAGAUGGAUGUGUUGCUGACCACUGUCCCAAAAGAUAAAGUGAAUACUAAUGUGCCUUUAACUGCUGUAAUUUACUGGGGAUUGAAUCAGACCCUGAAUAUUAAUUAUAAGACACUGCUUAAUUAUACCUAUCAUGAUGAGCCACUAAUCAUAGACUUUAAUGGGGAUUUGAUUCCUGACAUAUUUGGUGUCACCGAAGAAGGUGCAAAGCCUCUAAUUAUAUAUGGAGGAGGGAGUUUAUCAGUGACAGCAACACUGAACACCAAACAAAAAAUGUUUAUACCUCACUCUCAUGCUUUUGUAGAUCUGACUGCAGAUUUUACAGCAGAUCUGUUUCUUACUACAGUGUCCGAAACUAAUGAUAUUCAGUUUGAGACUUGGGAGAAUAAGGGAGGCAACUUUACAGAAUCUACACUAAUUGUGCAGAAGCCAAAGGAUGUGAAAAUAGUCGGACAGUCCGUUUUUGCUGAUUUUGAUGGAGAUGGUAAACAGGAUCAGCUUUUGCCAGCCUGUGAAGAUGACGGUUGCAUAAAAAGUGCAAUUUACCUUUUAAAACAUGGAUCAGAUCAGUGGGUUCCUGUGCUGAAGAAUUUCAGCAAUAUGAACACAGUUUGGGGGUUUGUCCCUUCAACAUAUUAUCCUCUGUCAAUACCAAUUACUCUUCACAUUGGCGAUUACAAUAUGGAUGGAUACCCAGAUGCUCUUGUCAUACUUAAAGAUACCUCAGGAGGCAAUCAACAAGCUGUUUUACUUGAAAAUGUGCCAUGUAAAAACAGUACCUGCACAAGAAUGUUUGAAAUCCACUGGGAGAUUUCUGAUCUCAAUCAUAUCAAGGAUGCAGAGGUGGCAACCUUCUUUGACAUAUAUGAGGAUGGAAUCCUGGACAUUAUUGUCUUAAGUAAGGGUGCUUCAGCUGACAACUAUGCCAUCCAUGUAUUAGUGAAUAACUUUGAAGCUGAUGCCUAUUUUGUCAAAGUCAUUGUGCUCAGCGGGUUUUGUUCCAAUGACUGCCCUCAUCAAGUUAAGCCUUUUGGCGUAAAUCAGCCUGGUCCCUAUAUUAUGUAUACAACAGUAGAUGCAAAUGGAUACUUAAAAAACGCAUCAGUUGGACAGUUGAGCCAGUCAGCCCACUCAGCUCUGCAGCUGCCAUACAACGUUCUGGGGUUAGGACGUAGUGCUAACUUUCUCGAUCAUCUGUAUGUGGGAAUUCCUCGUCCUCCUGCAGAAAAGCAAAUACGGAUGCAAGAAUGGACUGCAAUCAUUCCAAAUUCCCAGCUAAUUGUCAUUCCAUAUCCACAUGAUAAUCCUCGGAGUUGGAGUGCCAAGCUGUACCUGACCCCUAGUAACAUUGUGCUGUUGACAGCCAUCGCCCUAAUUGGUGUCUGUGUUUUCAUCUUGGUGAUAAUUGGCAUCCUACAUUGGCAGGAGAAGAAAGCAGAUGACCGGGAGAAAAGACAAGAAGCCCAUCGAUUCCACUUUGAUGCAAUGUGAUGUGACGCAUUAACCCUUCUACUGUGCAUUCAGUGCAUUGCAGUCAUCUCCAGCAGUGGAAGGGCAAAAAGCACUAAGGAAUCUUCACAAUGCACAGGGCACAAUUCUAAGCAUUGGAGAAAAGGUCAAGCCACAGUCAUUGGGGGAAAAACAGCUCUGUUUGUAUAUUUUGUGUUAUAUAAUAAUUUAUUGGUGAAUAUUAAGAAUGAGAGCCUUGGAAUCAAUGCCAGCCUCUCUGUAACAGACAUGGCCAAAUUUGGGGUCUGGGGAGUUUGAUUUCUAUUUUCCUUGAAGGUUUGCAGCUAUGGGUUAAAUGUUGGUCAGUUGUGAGAGUUCCCAGUGCCUGAACUAAAGCAUCAUGGCUGUAACUGACAAGCCCUUCAUUUCUCCAUUUUAGAGUAUUUAAUUCUGUCGAAAUGUUUUCUUUUAUCAUAUUUGCACUAGGAAACUGCCUUUCUGAAGGGAGAUAAAAGAAUUACAAUAGUACAAAUCUGUGGAAAUGUCCAAUGUACAAAUUAGUGCAGUCAAAAACAUGUGUCCUAUGUAUACAAAUGUUGACUAGUAUUGCAGACAAUGGGCAUAAUGCACAAAAACUCAAUUAUCUGUCAAUAAUGAAGAUAACCAAACCAUCACAAAACAUUAUUAGAUCUGAUAGUUUCACUGUCUGUCCUGAUAUGUAAAUCAAUGGUUUUUAAAGGGGAUGCUCCUUAGAUAUGUGCGGAUAUCAAUCUUUAGUGCCAACAGUGACCAUUUGUAUUAUAUUUUUUUCCCAUGGUUAUUUCUUAUUUGAGGGGUACUGUAUAUAGAAUCCAAUAGUAACCACUCAAAGAGUUCUGCAGUGAAAAUACACUAUCCUAAUUGGAGGAUCUUAAAGGGAUACUGUCAUGGGAAAAAAUGAAUCAGUUAAUAUUGCUGCUCCAGCAGAAUUCUGCACUGGAAUCCAUUUC